AUGUCCCAAUUGUCCGACCACCUGCGCUACGACGCCGUCGCCACCAUGGGCUGCCCGACCCCUUACACCGCCUCGCUCCCGAGGAGCUACAGCGUCGGAGGAGGCGGUGGAUCGACGAAUUCGAGGUCGGAUUACAGCGAGCUAAUCAGGACGGAUUCCGUCAGGGGUAACAACAGGAGUGUUUCUCAGAAACAGGGUGUGAUUUCUUCAGGGAUGAUCAAAGUCAGUGGAGGAUCAGGGAAGGUGUCCAGAAGCUACAGCGUCGGGCUUGGAAGGAUCGAGGAGGAGAAGUCCGGCGAUUUCGGGGAAGAUCGUGCUGCGAGCUCCGACGCUUUUCGCAGGAGCAGAAGCUGCGCGGUUUCUGCAACCGGCGGUGUUUUUGCCAGGACGGCGACUGCAGGGAAGUUCAGACAGCAGCUAUAG